UUUGAUUCGAAUGGUUGACGAAUAAAGCAAGCAAACCACACGCAUCCACCCACCACUAUGUCGACUGUCGCGUCUCAUCCAGUCGUCACCUCUUGGACGUUGUCCGUCGGAAGGCACGGCACACCAUGAUGGUCACUAUCCAUGCGACGUGUUGGUCUUUCCCCCACACAGAUAAACGCACGUACGCACCAUUAGCCAGCCCAUUUGUCAGCGAGCGCCCAAGCGACAGUGAAGGAGGAGAGAGUGAGGCAGGGAGGUUACCACGAGUGAGUUGGUGAGCGUAUGCAUGCACUCGCACCCAGCACAGUGCUGUCCAGUCUGGCAGAGAGGAGGAUAGCAAGGACAUGCAUGCAAUGCAAUGCAAAACCAUGAACCAACGAACCAAUAGCAGACACGACACACACACGCAUAUAUUAUAUAUACCCACACCCACCCCAAUGCCCCACCCACCCAGCACGAAUCCAUCGACAGAGACACGCAACGCCCUACGUAUACCAACCCUCCCCCUUCGCGGCCAGCCGCAAUGAUGCGACCACGCCCCCCAUCACCGACACACCACAGAGCCCGCAGACACAAAAAUACACACACAUUCAUUCAUUCAUGUUCACGUGAGUGAAUGAAUGAACGUGCAUAUACACACACUGGGCAGCGAUCGAUCUUAUCUGAACCCGAGAGCUCAUCGCCUCCCCUUCCUCUCUCCUUGACUCUUACGUGCAUGGGUGGUGAGUGAGUGAGUCUGGGUCAUCCGCUGUGCGUGUGUGUCUUGUGUCCCUCCCCUCUGUGUGGGUGAGUCCGUUUCUGUGCGUGUGUGUGCGCGUGAGUGUCCAUCUUUCUUUCUACGGCCGGCCAGCAGCCACCCACCCACGCACACGCGCACAGAGUCGCUGGCCGGCUGCCAUACGUCGCUGCCGAAAGACGAAAUUGGCGGGCAGCUCCCGCUUGGCCCUCGUCCCUCGUUCAUGUGUCACACACACAGAGAGACCCACACACAUAAAUGCACUUUACAACAUGACCAGACAGACACGGGAGUCGAUAGACACUCGCACAGACAGACAUACAGGUAAAAAAUAAGCCAUACAUACGAGAUCGUUCAAAUCACCUUAUCCAUCCAUCCGUCCGUCCAUCCCUCUCUCUCGUCUCUUUCUCUCUCUCACCUCACACACACAUCCGUGGUACCGUGUGUCGGUGAGAACAACCCCAUUCUGUCUGUCCGUCUUGCUCAUACAUGAAUGAAUGCACAAAUGCCAGUAGUGAGGAGAGCACAGCGGGCGAAAAGACACACAUACACAUACGCACACUCACACACUGACCACACGGACACGGACAAAGGCGAAGGCAAAGGCAAAGAGCUCACAUCAACACGCCGGGAGUUGAAAACAUGGCCACAUCCACACACACACACACACACACACAGCAGAAGGUGUUAGAUACACACCAGGAGAUGAUGAGACAGACGCAAGACACAGAGUGAGAGAGAGGCAAGCCUGCGACUACGGACCCUGAAAAGGGUGUAGAGAGAGAGAGGUGCGAGAAGCAUGCAGAGAGAGCGAGGGUGAGCAUUUCACAAAUACGCCGACAUGAGUGGGUGGGUGGGUCGGUGGGUGGGUGGGGUGGAUAGAAGGAGGAGAGAAUGGAAAAAGAGGCCCAAAGACAGCCAGCCAGCCAGCCACCAUCAGGUAUGAACAAUAGCUGGUACACUGACUGCACUCUAUGAGUAUGUAUGCAUGGUCUGUCUGUCUAUCUGUUUCGCUCGCUCAGCUGUUGCCCGCCUGCCUGCCUGCCUGUCUAAAUGCACCGGACCGUUACUGACAAUACGCAGAUCGAGUAGUAGAGAGAUUAGACAAUAACAUUAUCAAGAUACUCAAUGGAAAAUUACCCAUGAAAAAACCGCCCCUUCCUUACUGUCAAUGCACCGACGUAGGUAUCGACACACCAGCCAACCGAGAGAGCAAAGCGGAAAUAAAUACAGACGAGAAGAGGUUCGAAUGACACAGAGAGAGAGAGACAACAGACGCAGCGGCCAGGCAGGCAGGCGGGCAGGCAGGCAGCCCCCCCGCCAGCCACCCAAUGAGAAGGCGUCGAAUGGGCCGACGUAUCCCCCAUCACCCACACCAGGAGCCCGAGCGCUACCACGGCGUGCGACUGUGCGUGUCUGCCACACCCAUUGGUGACGGCAUUUCGCCCCAACUGAUGUGUCGAGACGAAAAGGCGUCACAACUGUGGAUAGCAGACACGCACACCCACACGCACGACUGUGAAGCCAGCAAGUGCAAACCACACCUCACGACCACACCGAUCUGAAAAACCACAUCGUGUUUGUAUGCGGUGGCGUGCAUCCCCUUCCCUCCCUCCCUCCCUCCCUCCUUCCUCUCCCCUUUCUCCCACGUAACCUGACCGACGAGCCAGCCGCCCAUUAAAUCCCAUUGAUGGCGUCAUGUCAUCAAUCAAUGAAUGAAUGACGUGUGUGGCACUAACGAGCCACUGUACGUAUGCAUGUAUGCGUAGGGGGAGAGGGGAAUGAAUGGAUGGAUGGAUGGAUAAAGGAGCCGUAACAAAGCACACACAAUACACAGACACAGAUACAGAGGGAGAGGGAGAGGGAGAGGGAGACGGCCGGCCGUGUGUAUGCAUGUCGAUCGCACCACACCGGCCAGCCAAACGGCGAAUUGGUAUGAAUCCAUCUAUCGACCCGUCACCAGACAAGGCGUCAAAGGCACGGCAUGCGUGUAGGCAAAAAAGACCACAACAACACGGGACAUUCUGGCUGUGUCGCUGUCCUCUGAGAGAACCGGCAGAUAGAGAGAGUGUGCGCGGUGAGGGUGGAAAAGCCUCGAGAAACAACAAGAGACACUAGAUCAAAACCUCCAGACAGAGAUGGGUGAGAAGGAACGUGCAACAACAGAGAGUCAGCUGAGCCAAUCCCCAUCUCUCCCUUCUCCCUGGCCCGGCCCACCAACUGGUACUUGGUAGGUAUUCUUUCUGGCUGGUCAUUGUCCGUGCUGUUCACUACCUACCGGUAACCGUAAAACCGGUUGCUGGCCUGGCUAAUUCCUGACAAAUAAGACCAACUACCUACCUACCAGUAAGAACGGCCAACUAGCUGCACUAGCUGCGAUCCUCGUCUGCCUGUCUGCCGGUCUGUCUGUUUGAUUGUCUGUCUGCCUUUGCAGCUAAGACGCAUGGGCACACAGGCAGCAACGCAACAGCAAGUGACGAAUUGACCGAAUGAGCGAGGGAGGGAGGGAGUGGGUGGUGGGUCGGUGGGCCACCAGGGCUGGCUCGGCUCGGCUCGAUACGUAAGCACGAAGAGAUGCAAAACCGCCUCAGGUUGGAGUAGCGACCUUGGCUUAGUGAGGGAGAGAGAGUGUCAGAGAGGGUGUUAGUGUGACAGUGAGUCCGUGUGCACAACCGGAACAUCAUAAUGAACAAGACAAGACAGGGUGAGUUUCCAUCACGCCAUUCCACGUCACAUCACGACAUAUCACAUAAAAAGCAAAGACACACACAUCCAUCCAUCCAUCAAUUCACAACACAUACGUAUGUAAUGUAAGAAACGCGCAACGUACAACGGUCAUCUCACCUCAGCAUCCAUCGUGGCCAGUAAAAAACAACGGCAGCCACCGUGGAUGGGGAGGAGAAACAUUGCCCAGCUGGAAAAGCCGGCGACGAACAAACGAAAGACGACGAACGAGCGAGCGAAAAGCAAUACAAUGCAACACACCACACACGCAGAGAACACAACCCCCCCUAAAAAAAGGAAAGGCGGAAAAGGCACCUCACGACACACCACAGCCACAUCAACGGCACGAAACACGCAGCCAUCCAUCCAUCCAUCUUGACGCAUGCGACCAACGAUAGGGUGUGUCACGCACGCACGCAUGCAGUGAGUGAGUGUGUGAGUGAGUGUCUACCUACCAGCCAGCUAGCUAGCCUGCCUACCUAUGCCAAACAAAAAAGUGUCUGGUCGGUCAUCAAAUCCAUCCCUCACACCACACCACACCACCCCUCCCCUCCCCUCACACGACAAAGCCAUCGUCCAUCGAGCAGCCAUCCACCCAUCCAUCAGAUGAUGGAAGGUGUCAUCGCGCGAUACCCACCUACGCAACAGCUAGCCAGGGUAUAGAAAAACGAUCCCUUCACGCAUCCAUCCAUCCAUUCAUCCAUCCAUCCAUCGGUUUGUGUGCAUGUGUGUAUGUCUGUGUCGGUGCCACCCCCUCCCCUCCCCUAUCCUCCCCCCCCCCGUGCUGUGCCCCCCUGUACAUGGGACGAAAUGGGUGUGGUCGGUUGGUCGAUCGGUGGCGGUCUUCGGCUGGCCCCUGCCCCUGCCCCUGCCCCCGCACCCACGCGCGCACAGACAUACAGACAGGCAGGCAAACGAGUAAUGCGCGGAACCGUCGGACAUUUGCAGACAGACAGACAGAAAGGCAGACAAGCAAGUAUGUAGGUAGGUAGGUACAGAGCAGUAGAUAGAUAGAUACAGGGGGAAGGUAGGAAGGAAGCAGCAAGCAAGUGGAGAGAAGAGAAGGAGGAAACCCAUACAAAGAAAGCAUCACCCACCCGUCAUUCAUUGUCUUCUGCUACACAGCCAACACACACCACACCACACCACACCCCAUCACGCCACGCACGAAAACCCCCGCUCCCACCGACAGCCGCCCCGUCUUACACACUACCACCAUCAUCCCGGCCAUCCCUCGGUCGCCCCUCACGCCCUGUGCAUGGGUGUGGUGCCGGUGUCGCCCGCGAGCGCCUUGUUCCUGGUCAUCAGGAAGGCGGGGAAGCCCUCCUCGGCCUCGGUGUCCAGGUCGAUCAGCUUCAUGAUGGUGUCAUGGAUCGUCUUGGCGUACUUCUGGGCCAGCGAACGGGACACAAAGUUGGAGGCAUACUGAACAACACACAGAGCGAGAAAGAGAAAGAGAAGAGGAGGAAGUGCGGGUACAGAACAAAACGGGUGUGUGUAGUGUGUCCGUUGCUCACCUGCAGCGACCAGUUGAGUCUGCCCGAGAUGGUGACCAGGUUGUGCGAGAAGAGGUUGUUGCCCACGCCGUGCUGGCUCACGCACGACCAGCUGCUCUCGAUCUCCAUCUCGAAGUCGCCGCCGCCCCUCACCUCGCUGUCGCUGUCACUGCCGCUGUCCAUGUUGUCGACGUGCUCGUGCAGGAUCGACCGAGGCGAGUCGAUCGACGUGUGGACGAUGGUGGGGGUGCGGGGGUAGCGCGACAGCCCGGCCAGCAUGGUCGGCUUGCGGGGGCCGCGAGCCGACGCGCCGUUGCCCUUGCGCAGAUCCGUCGUGUCCCAGUUGCCCGUAUUCUGAAAAUCACAACACACACAUCAAUGUUGCGAGGGAUGGAGGGGUGCGUGUGUGUUUCCUCGCGUACCGAGAUGAGGAACACCGAAGGGCGUGGCUUGGGGGCCAAGAGCUCGAGCAUGUUGUCCAGCCGCUCGCUCUCCAUGUUGUUCUUGAGGAACUUGGUCACCACGUCCCAGUCGGAGCAUGCGUUGGUCGGGGUCGGCCGGUCCACCUUGCUGUGGAUGCUCGUGUUGACCGUCGACGCAAACUGCCAGAAAUGGUCAGCGCGGGUCGAGUGGGCCGGCACCUCCAGACCCAGGCCCAUCAGACAGGUGAAGCACCCCAGACGCGGCAGCCCGUCGGCCUUGGGGGCCGGCUUGUCGCUCUUGACGUCGGCAACGGCAGGGGCGAGGGCGGGGAUGCGGGGAGGGGCGCCGAGACCGCCCCUGCACGACGAGGGGCUGAGCAGCGAUGGGCUGAGGUGGCUGAGGACGUCCGGGUGGCUGUCCUGCUUGUCGAUGGGCAGGAGGGGGGGCGAGGGGGGCGAGUGUGAGGGCGGGAGGGGGGAGGGAGGGGGCGUGGGGUUGGUCGACGUCUUGCUCUCGGUGCGAAGGGGGGGCGGCUUGUCCUUUAUGGCCUUCUGCAUCCACCUGCGUGUGGAGAUGGCCUGGGUGGUGUAGAGGGAGGUCUUCUGGUCCUCCUUGCCGAUCAGCUGGGCGGCAGCAGAGGCGGCCGUGGCGGUCAGCACCGAGUUGAGGGGGAUGUUGUGCUGCUUGCACGUCUGGAUGAACUUCUUGGUCGUCGACGGAUCGAACAACAGAGGCACUAUCGAUGUGUGCGCAGCCUACACAACACACACAGGAAGAGAAUGGACGGAUGCUAAUGCGUUGUGACCCCCCUUCCCCCCCUCUCCCUCCCUCCGUCCCUCGCUUCACUUCACUCGCCUCACCUGCUGCCUGUCCCUGUAGUGCUCAGCGGGGUACAUGACGGAGAAGGGGUUCCUCUUCUUGACCAUCAGCUUGCGGAAGAACAUCGUCAGGCCCUUGCCGAUCUGGAAGGCCACCUCGUCACUCACUGCGUAGAUCGGCUUCGUCAGGGCGUCCAAAAGCGUCCCAGGCAUCACGGACGACACCGGCGGCGGCAGCGACUCACUCACGGGCCCCCCCAUGAAGGUGUUGUCGGCCAUCGAGGGGAGUUCAGGGAGCGAUUCCAGCGAUGCGAUGGUCGACGCGGAGGCGAACAUGUGCAGAGGGGGAGGGGAGGUGCGGUGGGGGUUGCGGCGCUGGGCGAGGGUGUAGAUGGUGUUGAGGAAGUCCUUCCAGAAGUUCUGCCGCGCCAGGCCGUCCAUGAUGAGGUGGUGGAAGAUGCCUACGAUCCACGUCCGGUACGAUGGGUACAGCACCGAACCCUGCGCACAUCAAGACACACCAGCACCAGACGCAGCGAUGGUGCAAGGGAUCGUCCGCAAAUGUGUGUCCGAGUGAGGUGGGUUACCCUUCUGAUUUUCUGAGUGGUGGGUGUGGCCUGGAGCACUCUCAUUCUCCAGAGAGGCCCCGUAGUGGUGGGCAGGGGGUAGUUCUGCUCAUAGCGGAGGAGCUCCUCCCAAUCGCUACACUGAGACAUCUCUAUGUCUGCACACAACACACACAGAUAAGCCAAACAUUGAGCACACAAUGCGAGCUUGUUUCAAUCUCUCUCCUUCUCCCUUCUCUCAUUCUCCCUUUCUCCUCCCGGCUGUCUCGCUGUGCGUGUCUUUCGUCUUACCAGGCUCGUGGUGAGUCUCUGCCCAUCUGCGCCUAAUGCGCCC